CUCCACCACAUAAAGAUAAUGACGAUUGAACCAUUCCACACUUAUCUGAGAUAGAGAUAUAUAUAGGUACUAUGUAUGUAGUACCUACCGUAGUGUGCGUAGGUAUGUAGAUAGCAGCUUGGGUAGAUCAGAUCUUUCACAUGCAGCAGCUUCAAUUCAUGAAACGCCUUUUCUUUUUCUUUUUACCCCUCCAAGACACCAACAGUACCUGCCUGAGCUGUCCCAUACCAUAAAUAAAGCACAAAAUACUUAGACCCAAGAAUAUACCAGAUUCGGUUCUCAAUUGCACAUACCAGUACCGGUAGACCAGGACAUCCUUGCGAACCAAUCAAGUACACCAUCUCCAACUACACCUCAUUUCGUCCUCGCAAAGCCUACUCCAGCUCUUUCUCACAAUGGCGGCUCCGGAACCGCCUAAGUCCGUCACAGCCCAGCUCGAGGCCUGGGGUAAUUCCUCUCUGGCACCAACAGGCCUCGCAACCCUGAUAUCCGCCCUCCAUCUACGUCCCGCACAGCCUCUCCCUCUCCUCUUCGUCCCCGUCCUGCUGUUCUCCAGCUACGCCAACCUGCAAGGGUUCAAGAUCGACAGCGCGGGCGUGACCAUGGCGGCGAGCGGGACAUAUGCGCUGCUGGCGCUGCGGCGCAAGCCCGUCGGUGGCCUCCGUGGCAAGUUCUCCGUGAGGGGGGCCGUGCGAGGCUCCGCCGUUGGCAUUGGCCUUGUUAAUGCGCUGGCGGCUGGUUGGGUAUAUGCUACAGGGAACCGUCAAACGGAGAAACAGUAUAGAGAAGAUAACCCCAGGUGGACAUAGUAGUGUAGGAAUACAGAAGUGUAGGGAGAUGUACAAUAUUAAUCAUUAGCAUUGGGGACCUGAAUCCCGUGGUAAGGGGCAUUUGUAAUAAUCACUUUGUACAACAACUGGCAAAGCUGCGAUGUCUGGUAUUGCAAAUCGAAACUAGACUUGAAUAGAGUC